AUCAUGGCAGCAGAGGUUCCUACAUUCAAGCUGGUAUUGGUUGGUGACGGUGGUACCGGAAAGACCACUUUUGUUAAGCGACACUUGACUGGAGAAUUUGAAAAGAAAUAUGUUGCCACUCUCGGUGUUGAAGUCCAUCCUUUGACCUUCCACACCAACUUUGGUGCUAUUUGCUUCAAUACCUGGGAUACUGCUGGCCAAGAAAAGUUUGGCGGUCUUCGUGAUGGGUACUACAUUCAGGGCCAAUGUGCUAUUAUCAUGUUCGACGUGACUUCACGUAUCACCUACAAAAACGUUCCCAACUGGCAUCGUGAUCUCGUUCGUGUCUGCGAAAAUAUUCCUAUUGUUCUCUGUGGUAACAAAGUUGAUAUCAAGGAGCGCAAGGUCAAGGCAAAGGCAAUUACUUUCCAUCGCAAAAAGAACCUGCAAUACUACGACAUUAGUGCCAAGAGCAACUACAACUUUGAAAAACCCUUUUUAUGGCUUGCACGAAAGCUUAUUGGAAACCCCAAUCUCGACUUUGUUGCUGCUCCUGCUCUUGCUCCUGCUGAAGUUCACAUUGACCCCGAAAUGCUUGCUCAGUAUGAAAUUGAUCUUAAAGACGCUGCCAAUCAGCCUCUUCCUGCCGAAGAUGAGGACGAUCUCUAAAUACUUGAUGCACCAUUUUUUUGCUCGCCAGAUGCCCUUUUUGCAUUUGUGAUUUUUGGAUGGACACUGAUGGCUUCCAAUGAUAUCAUUCCAUUCAGGAGCAAAUCAAUUUGGAAAUGAAUUUUAUGUUGCUUAUCUGAAUAUACUAUUUAUUAGCGAGAUUUAUUUUCAACCAAUGUCUGUUUAUUCAACUGUGUCGAUAUAUCUCAUAGAAUUGGUGUGAUCAUUCAAAUGUUCGAAUCACAUUUCCCAUUAGCUGUGAAAAUUCCUUUGCUCUGUUUCCGCUCUGCAAUUCAUCUGCCACUCUACAAAUCACUCUAAAUAUGGCUGAUAGAUUGGAGCCAGGUGGUGUGGAUGGGAAUGAUUUUAGCAUGGUAAACCCAGACAAACUUGACCUAUUUUCAUAAGACUGAAUUCCUGCACACCAUUUCUCAAGCUCAUCAACCUCCUCCUCAGUCAGCACUUGCAAACUCUCUUGGAUGGAAGCCAUGGUGCGUACUUCGCGUUUAAAAAGUCGAAACGCCUCGGUCGGAUGAACCAAGGAAACACAAUCAGGCAUGUGCAGCAAUCCACAAAUCAGAGUGAGUCUAGGUAAGCCAACCAUGACUUCUGGAUCAGAUUCUUGCACUUGAACCAAUGUCAUCAAUCCCUUGGAAAUUGCUCUUUCGGCCGUUUGCAUCAUCAGUACCUGAAACAUAUCUGUAUCGUCAAAAAGUGAUGGCGGAGCAUUGAACUGAUCUUCAAAGUAAGCUCUACACGCCAACUCCUCAAAUAUUACCCACGCUUGAUCAAACUGUCGCAUAACGCCCUGGAGAUCGUCGUAAGGAGGUAAAACACACACAUUCGCUCUCCGGCAUAAAGCGGAGAUCACAGCAUGAUAAGUCGCUUUCAACACCACAGCUGCAUCAAUAAGCUCAAUGGUUGGAUGAGGUAUUCCACGUACUACAAAAUGUUUUGAUAAAGCUUGAGCAGUGAACAUGAUACGCUCAGAAUAUGUUCCAAUUAGAUUUAUUCGUUCUGCUGGUGCUAAACAUUUACGAUACGCUCUUGAUGCCAUGACGGUAUCCCCCAACUCUACCGUAAUAUAGUAUAUACAUUGCAAGAGCGUGUGUUGAGACUGCUGUACUUGCUCAUGUCUCCAUCGUCGCAGGUUAAGCGUACGCUGUCGCUGAACAAGUUUAAAUUGACGAAUAGUCUGUUGAGUAGCUUUGAAUGCGUGCUGAAAUAAGGUUAAUGGGAGAGCUUCAUUAAGCCUAUGAAUAUGCGAAUUAAGAAUAUUGCUGCGGUGGUUGUCGUAAAUAUCGCUCAGUCUCGGGUCUUCCGAUGGAACUACUCCAUCCAGUAUAUACACUCUGUUGGACCAGGAUACCAUUGUAUAUUACAGCCGUAUUCACGUAAAA